AUGAGCCUACAGACGGGCUGCUUUUUGAAGUGGACUGCCACUUUGAUGCUGUGGCUUCGGCCCUUUGUGAACAGUGCAGUAAUAGGAAUGCUGUCUACUGCGGGGUUGAUGAUUGGAAAUGCCAAAGACCUCAUCCAGAUGAUCGAUUGGAUCCAUGAGUUUUGGAGCGAGGAACAGGGGCUAUACGGUGUCUUCCCGGAGGCGAGUCUCGUUCGUGCGGCGCAGGUAAUUAAGGAUCUUUAUGCUGCGUUCGACAAUGCAGAGCAGGCUCACCGUCGGGCUUUUCAUUUGAUUGGAGCCAAGAAAGAGCAGAUACCCUCUAGGCUUACCACCAUCUUCUGGCUGCUCGCUGAACCUGCGCUGGUGGGCCUCUAG